ACUUCAUUGCUCUUCCCAAAACGCCCCCGCAUAAGGUUCUCUCUCUUAAACUCUUCUCUCUCAUCUCUCUCUCUCUCUUCUUUUUUAUUUUUCCUUUUUCGAUCCAUUUGUUCUUCUAUUCUCUCUUUUCCUUCUUCCUUUAAACCCUUGUUUUCCUCUUUAUCUCUCUUUCUCUGGUGUGAUGAUUCCCGCCAAUCGAUUCGAGCCUUGGUUCUGAGAAGAAGGGAGCAUACUUCAAGCGGGAUUGGCUCGAGGAGUUACUAGGAGGGAGCGAAUCGAGGGUGGAAUUUAUGUCCUUCAAUCAAUCUAGGGCGGAGAAGAGUGAGGGUCAGCCGAGGAAAUCCGGGAGAUCCGGCAGCUCCGGCUACCACAGGCCGUUUUCCAGCGGCGGGAAGGGCGGCGGCGGCGGCGGCGCCCCUCCUCCUCACUCCUCUUCUAAUACCGCCUCUGUUUCUUUCAACCGCAGUUCCAAGAAAUCUGGUAAUGCUCCACAAUAUAGGGUAAGUCCUGUGAGUGUGGGAUCAGAUGGGGGAGCUGCUGUUGCCAACAAUGUUGCCAAUCGAACUGCUCAGAAUGGCGCCCAUGCGCAGAUCCCUUCUCAUGGGUCAUCAGAUGCACCAAGCACUAGUGCGAAACCGGUUGAUUCAUCAAGGAAUUCAAGAGCGCUUCCUAAGGCUCCGUCAUCUCAGCUUACUGCUGGAGCUUCGGACUCUGCAGCACCCGUGACACCUGCCAAAGGGGAUGCAUCCAAGCAGUACACACUUCAGUUUGGGACGAUAAGUCCUGGUAUCAUGAAUGGAAUGCAGAUUCCAGCUCGGACAAGCUCAGCUCCGCCAAAUUUGGAUGAGCAGAAAAGUGACCAGGCUCGGCAUGAUCCGUUUUGGGCUAUGCCCACAUUGCCUUUGCCCGCUGCCCCUAAACAACAACAACAAACAAGGAAAGAUGUGGGUGCUAUGAGACAAUCCAACCUUGGGGAGGCUUAUUCACAAACACAAACUAAGAAGGAAGCGCAUGUACAAAAUUCUCCUCCCGUAAACAUGCCUCUUCCAAAACCUUCUGUUCUUCCUGUGUCUGGUCCACCUAUGCCCGUGUCGAUGCCCUUCCAGCAACCACAUGUAUCAUUGCAAUUUGGUGGCCCUGGUAUUCAGUUGCAAUCACAGGGUGUUACAACGGCUUCACUCCAAAUGCCUUUAACGUUUCCUGUUGGAGGUGCACCCCAAGUUCCGCAGCAAAUGUUUGUUUCUGCUCUCCAGUCUCAUCCGAUGCAAGCACAGGCAAUAAUGCACCAGGGACAAGGCUUCGGUUUUGCACCUCAAGUUGGUCACCAACUUCCUUCUCAGUUGGGCAAUCUGGGGAUUGCAAUUGGCCCACAAUUUGGUCAACAGCAGCCAGGAAAAUUUGGAGGUCAGCGCAAAGCGACAGUUAAAAUAACUCACCCAGAUACCCAUGAGGAAUUAAGGCUGGACCAAAGAACUGAUUCCGUUAUAGAUGGUGGUUCCUCCAGGCAUAGGCCAAUUUCAAACCUAACCUCUCAAUCUCAGCCUCUCCCUGCAUAUGCUCAUCCUCAUCAGAUGAAUUAUUACGCCCCAUUACAGUCUAAUACUUACGGUCCUCCUAUUGGAUAUCCCACUGCACCAUCUGUUCCUAUGCCAAGUGGCCCAAUGAGCACACAUGGUCCAAGACAUAGUUACACAGUUGGCCCGAGUGGGCAGCCUGUGUCCUAUAUGAGUCCACCCAUUCUCAAUCCUGUUACUGGUAUCAAAACUGGGCCUCCUCUUCAUGGUGUUCAUGAAUCAGUCAAGUCGGAAGUCUCAUCAUUCUCUGCUUCAUCAUCUUCAGUGCCAGUGUCAAUAAAGCCAUUGAUUGGUUCACUUGCAGAUAAGAUUGGAACAUCUUCAGUGAUGAUAACUGCACCUGUAAGUGACUCAGAGGCACAUAAUGUAGCAAAACCAUCCUUGUUAGUAACUAAUUCUCAUCAGCGGAAGGGCAGUGAGAUUCGUUUGGAGAGUAAUUUGCCGCAGUCUGUGUCUGUUUCUGAACCAUCCAUCUCCAAAUCAUUGUCUGCUGCUCCAUCUGAUGCUAUUUCACCACAAAGGACAGAGCAUGAAAGUGUCUCAGCUGCUCCAGUUUCACUUGCAGGGGAUGCAGUAGGAGCUGAAGGCAGAAAAAAGGAGCCUAUCACAAGAUCUAACUCUUUGAAGGAGCAUCAAAAGAAACCUAGCAAAAAGGAUCCAAAGCACAUGCAACCUCAGCAGCAACAACAGGACAGUUUGAAGUCUGCAGAGGUGACAAAGUCCUCAUCAAACAAAAAUAGCAGCACGUCAGAUAUACCAUCUCAGCCGGAAUCUGGCUCUUGUGAUAAUGAAUUUAAGUCCACUGGAGCUGUUGAUCAUGAAACAGUGCCUGCAUCGUCAAUACCCGCUGAAGCUGUAUUGGAGAAAGACACAUCUAUCAUGAUUGGAAUUCCUUCCAUGAAGAGGGAUUCUGUUGAGACAUCCAUAUCUGUUGCUCUUCAUGAUGAUAGAAUUCCAAGGCAGAACUCUGAUUCCACUCAUUCUCAGCCUCAACCUCAACCUAAUUUAGUUGAUGUUGGGCCAAAAUCAGAACCGAAGGUGUAUGAGAAGAAUGAAUCAUCUAAUGAUUUGUUGCAAGAUGACAUUUCUAACGCCAAAGUAAAUUUCAGUCACCACUGCUGCUCAAAGUGGAAGCCAUUUACGUUAGUUAAACAGGAUGUAGCAGGACCACAGGAUUGUGACAAAAGUGCAACCUGUCAGUUAGAUGAUGCUGAAAAGGAGCAGCUCGAGGCCUGCUCAGAAGAUGUGAGUUCUUGUGUUGAAGUUGACCAAAAACCCAAGAAAGCAGAUAGUUGUGUUGAUGAUACCAGUGUCAAAUCAGACUCUUUAAGCCAUCUUUCACACACACAUGCUAGUGUAGACAAAAUCUCACUCACAGAUUGUGUUACAAAUACCAGCGAAAGCACAAGCCAUGGGGAUUUUGUCACGAGUGAUUCUGCUUUACCACUGGAGGAGACUACCGUCAGGCAAACUACGGUUUCAUCUGGAACUGGACCGAAUCAGGAAGGUAACGCUGCAGAUCUGCCUAGCGGACAUCCAGUCUCUGUUACACAUUCUGGGCCAAAGGACAAGCUCAUUGUGGAGCCAACUAGGGCUAAAACUCCUAGUGGAAAAAAGAAGCUAAGGGAAAUUCUAUCGAAAGCAGACUCUGCAGGGUCUUCUGAUCUUUACAAUGCAUACAAGAGCCCACAAGAGAAGCAUGAACCUUCUGAUUUAUCUGAAAGCAAGGACAUUUCUACAACAGUUGAUACAAAAAAUAUGUCUGUGAAUGAUCUUAAUAAGGAAGCUGUUGUCAUUGCGGAAGAUAAGGUGGGUAAAGGUGAAGUGGAUGACUGGGAAGAUGCCGCAGAUAUAUCCACACUGAAACUGGGAAUGGCGGAGAGUAAUUAUCUUGCUCAUGAAGCUAAGAAGCAGCCUGAUGAAUAUGGAAAUGAAGCUACUGGUAGAAAGAAAUACUCCAGAGAUUUUCUAAUGACAUUUUUGGAACAUUGUACGGAACUUCCUGCAGGUUUUGAAAUUGGAUAUGGUAUAGCAAAUGCUUUGAUGAGUGGCCCUGUAUCUGCAUCUUAUGCUGUCGAUCGUGAACCUCAUCCAAGCCCUGGAAGGAGUACAGAUAGGUCUCCUAGAGCUCCUUGGGUUGACCGUCGGAUAGUUGUGGGGGAUGAUGACAAAUGGACCAAAUUUCCUGGUUCCUCAGCUCCUGGGCUUGACCCCCGGCUUGAUCUUGCCCAUGGGAUUUCAGCUGUGUCUUUUCGCCCUGGACAGGGAGUUAACCAUGGUGUUUUAAGAAAUCCACGUGGUCAGUUGUCCAGUCAGUAUGUUGGUGGGAUUCUCUCUGGACCUCUUCAAGCUAUGGCUUCCCCUGGAGGGGUGCCACAGAAUGGUAUUGAUGCUGACCGGUGGCAUCGUGCUCCAAGCGCCCAACGGGGUUUGGUACCAUCACCUCAGACUCCUUUGCAGGUGAUGCACAAGGCCACAAAAAAAUAUGAAGUUGGGAAAGUUUCUGAUGUGGAAGUGGCAAAGCAAAGACAAUUGAAAUCCAUACUUAAUAAACUAACACCUCAGAAUUUUGAGAAACUAUUUGAACAAGUCAAAACGGUGAAUAUUGAUAAUCCGGUCACUCUCACCGGCGUCAUUUCACAGAUCUUUGACAAAGCUUUGACAGAACCAACAUUCUGUGAAAUGUAUGCAGAUUUCUGCUUUCAUUUGUCUUCGGAGUUACCUGAUUUCAGUGAGAAUAAUGAGAAGAUCACCUUUAAGAGGUUGUUACUGAACAAAUGCCAGGAAGAAUUUGAAAGAGGGGAAAGAGAGCAGGCUGAAGCUGACAAGGCUGAAGAGGAAGGUGAAAUCGAACAAUCUGAAGGGGAGAGGGAAGAAAAAAGAAUUAAGGCACGCAGACGUAUGCUGGGAAAUAUUAGGUUAAUUGGUGAAUUGUACAAAAAGAAAAUGUUGACAGAGAGAAUCAUGCACGAAUGCAUUAAGAAAUUGUUAGGGCAAUAUCCGAAUCCGGAUGAGGAAGAUAUAGAGGCCUUGUGCAAAUUGAUGAGCACAAUUGGGCAGAUGAUAGAUCAUCCGAAGGCCAAGGAACAUAUGGAUGCAUAUUUUGAUAUGAUGCUGAAGCUAUCAACCAAUCUGAAGUUAUCUUCUCGAUUGAGAUUUAUGCUGAAGGAUGCGAUUGAUCUGAGGAAAAACAGAUGGCAACAGAGGAGGAAAAUUGAGGGGCCAAAGAAAAUUGAGGAGGUACACAGAGAUGUGGCUCAUGAAAGACAAGCUCAAGCCAGUAGACUGGCUCGUGGUCCUGUCAUUAGCUCAACACCUAGAAGGGGAGCAGCUGUUGAUUUUGGUCCUAGAGGUUCUACAAUACUUUCUUCUCCUCCCCAGCAGAUGGGCGGUUCUCGUGUCUUUCCAGUCCAGGCCCGUGGCCCUCAGGAUGUCAGGAUGGAGGAUAGACAUCCAUUUGAGAACAAAACUUUCUCUUCACCCCUGCCUCAAAGAAGUACUGAUGAUGAUUCUAUUACCCUUGGCCCUAAAGGUGGUCUGGGAAGGGGGAUGUCUUUCAGAGGACAACCAUUGACGUCAAACGCUCCCCAAUCGACUGAAUUUUUUUCAAGUGCAGGUGACCCACGAAGAAUGACAACAGGCCCAAAUGGUUACAGCUCUGCUCCACAGAACUCAAGAGAUGACGUCAGGUCUAGAGAUGUGUUUGAUAGGCUUGGAGGAACAUCUUAUGAACAACCAACUAUCCCAAGAACCUAUUCUGGGAACAGGGACUCCCCAAUUACAGAUCAUGCUGCCGAUAAGUCUUCAGUUACAUCUUCUACUGGGAGAAUACAGGGAUCAGUACUAGCUGAUCCAACCACAUCUUCUCUUACAAAGCCUUUAUGUGAAGAUGGUCUUCGAGAUAAAUCGAUGUCUGCGAUAAGGGAGUACUACAGUGCCAAGGACGAUGAGGAAGUUGUAUUGUGCAUCAAGGAGUUGAACUCUCCAAACUUCUUUCCUACGAUGAUUUCACUGUGGAUCACAGACUCAUUUGAAAGAAAAGAUAUGGAAAGGGAUCUUUUGGCCACACUACUUGUGAAAUUGAAUCAGUCCCGAGAUGACUUGUUGAGUGAAACACAGCUUAUCCAGGGCUUUGAGAAUGUUCUGUCUUCAUUAGAGGACGCUAUUAACGACGCCCCUAAAGCAGCAGAGUUUCUCGGAAGGCUUUUUGCGAGAGUAAUAUUGGAUACUCCCAUGCCCUUGACGGAGAUCGGAAGAUUAAUUCUUGAAGGCGGGGAAGAACCUGGACAACUACUUGAAUCUGGUGUUGCUUCGGAGAUCCUUGGUAGCAUUUUAGAGUUCAUACAAAAAGAAAAGGGGGAUUCAGUUUUGAACGAACUCCGUGUGAACUCCGGUUUGCAUCUGGAGAGUUUCCGGCCGCCUCAUCCCCUGAGAGCAAGGAAGCUAGAACCAUUCCUUUAGAUUCACAGAUACAAUGUUUCACCGUAGUGAUUUAUGAUUUUUUUUUUUAUUUUCUUUUUGUUUCAUCUUAGGGUUUUGAUAAUAUAUGUUCGAACGAGUUGUUUAAGGAACAGUAAUUGGAGGUUUAAUUAGUAGCCUAAUAAUUUUGUCUAAACUGUAUUCUAUAUAUAUAUAUUGUUAUACUCUGA